CCGACGAGAGCAGAUUUUGCCACUUGCACGCUAACAGAGGAGUUUAAAGAGUCGUUUGUGGACGAACAUAACAGACAUCGGUCACAUGUGCAACCCCCUGCUGCAGACAUGGAAUACUUGGUGGGUGUUAAAUUAAAGUUCAAUUUUUUAAAAAAUGCUUUGGAGGGUAACAUCUUAUUUAUGCGAGUCGCUUAAGGUACAUCAAAGUCAGAUUCGCUGGACCGCAUUUGCGUCAAUUGACACUAUUAGAAUGCAAAAUUGAUUUUUACUAUUACAACGAAAGUUUUAAACGCCCAAUAUCUGGUGAAGUUUAUUAUUUAUAUAUUCUUGGACCCCGCACGAGAAACAACAAACACAUUUAUCGUGUGCCAUCGUUACGUCAAUUUUAUUGACGUUUCUCUCAUAGGCUAAGGCAAAGCGUGACCAAGAAUUUUCUAAUGAAAUCAGUCGGUAACUUCAUUUCCUCGAACUUUCGAUCGGACCCAUCAGGGUAGCUAACACUUUCGGAUGAGACGAAAAAGCCAGCUAAAACUUUCGAGACGACUAAAGUGCCCCUAAGACAUCUGAACAGCUAAAAAGGCUUUUUAAAUUUAUCAGACAGGCAAUUCUGACGUAUUUGGAAAAUUCGGUCAUUGCGUCCAAUUGUAGCCUAGGUAGCAGGCGCUUGAGAGGAUGAUAUGGCCUAAGAGAAAUAUUAUCCUUCUGAAACGGAUAGGUCAUUUCAAGAAUGCAUAUCCGGCGUUUAGAUGUUAUCAGUACGUCUUAUACACGUGCUGACAGACGUAUGUUCGUUCCUAUUUUUUUUUAUCUUAACAAAAAACGAAGACUGAUUAUAUUACGUUUUGACUUAGUAGGCAUGGUACCUCACCUUUUGAAUCAUCCUGCAUGUCAUACUGAUGUUCUUUUCAAAGUACAGGAGGUUUACUUACCGGUUAGUUGCUGUAUUUGGUACUGUAAAGGUAGAUUAACACAGCGUACAUAUACCUUUAUUACAUAUGGUAUUAGAGUAAGCGUUACUCCUCAUCGAUUAGGGCUGCCUUUUAGAAAGGGAGGAGACCAUCCGUGAGGCUGAAGUAGGACUCCCCCGCGCCUUGCCUUACGUCAAAGCUAAAAAAAGCCUCAGAAAUUAUAUGUAACUAAGAAAAUUGGACUGGUUUGACCUUACUAAAGUACGUAUCAGUCCUUGAUAAAAACAAUUUGACUGAUCAAUAAUGCAGACCAAAAUUAAUUAUAUGCUGCCCUUCCCUUAUUACUAAUUCUACCCUCCAUCCUUUUACCUUCAUCCCUCUUUCACUUCCAGAUCUCUUUAACGAGAAGCAUACAACAUUUUUAUUACUACUAACUUUCAUUAUAAUUCAAUUUUAUUUCUGACACUCUUAGUUCUGGGAUGAAAAUCUAGGAAAUUUGGCUCAGAUGUGGGUCAAUAAAUGUCAAUGGUAUCAUGGUUUCGUAUAUUUUGGUGAAGAAUAUCCACUUCCUUUGAAUUUGACAGGUAGAAUGGGUGAGUCUCUACAAAUUACUUGAAAACUUACAUAUCAUUCUGUAAUUAUAGUCGUUAAAUAUAAUUCUUUAAUCAGGCCUGCCUGAGGGUUGUGCAUGCAGAGUUAACAAAAAUAGCGGACGAUGUCAUCACUAUACAAAGACGUAAAUAACCAAAUCACUGUCCAAAAAAGAUGCGCAAAAAAUCCAACUUAAUGGAUGUCAACUGUUUUUAAGCGUAGAAGUGCCCAGAGCGGUCUGGUUUUGGGAAAAUUCUUCUUAAAGAAAAGAAAUUAAGGCUAUUUGAAAAUAUUUUUUCAUGGAUGCAAACAAAAAUUAAAUUCUGCGCUUGAAUUAGGAAUUAUGCAUAGCUCGGAGGGUGCACGACCGCCAAGGCCACCCUCCAAAUUGCUUUACCUUAUUCUUCCCUUCAUACUCAGCCUCAUUUAGUAGUUGUUGAAAACCCAUACUGCAUGUAAUCUGUAAACAUAAAAAAGUCAUGCGUUCCUCCGUAAUAAAAAAAAUUUCUUUUUAAUCACCGAUGAAGGGUGAGCUAUAAUACCCAAGCAAAAUGAUCGUAAAAAUUUUCACGGUUCUCGUAAGUCCCCGCGCUUUAAAUGUGAACAAACUAUCUCAUAAUCAGGUUUUGGGUUUUGAGGCUAUGUUCUCAUUUGAAGCCUGGUCACGAUGCGCGAAUACAAUGUGCAAUAGACCCUGUAUCCGGUUAUUAAAGGGAGCACCGAGUAUAAGCACACGGUUCUAAGUCAUUACUAGGCAGUCCAUUGCGUUGCAUACCCAUAACAACCUGCCACGCUCAAAUUUCAAACUGCCAUAAAAGAAGCAAACACACUUCCAUAUCGGGUACCCCGGAAGUUGUGAACCCAGCACCAUUCCAGUUCAACCGGUUCCCAGCCAAAGAUCCGUGUUCGGGUACAAAGCGUGAAAAUUUCGGAAUCCUUGGUUUUUUUACUGUUUCUGCUUGUCUAUGAUUUAUUUCUGCCGAAACAAAUUGUGAAUGUCAUGGACUCAUGUUAGGCCAACUAAAAACUGGGAUAUGACUGGCGAUCAAGUUUGAAAAUGUACCACACAAGAUUGCACGUACCGAAGUUGGCAAUACAAAUGGUCAACGUACCUGUACCAAGCGGUCCGUUGGUCAUUCCUCAUGAUCAAAAGUUACUCCUUUUUAUAGCUUAACAUAGUAGGCUGCCUCUUUUCUGAAUCGUCCUUAGCUCUCUUUGCGUAGAUGUGUCCAAUGAAUCGAACUUCAUGUUGCUCUGUCAAAUUGUAUUUGUCAGUGAUCUUUUCACUCUUACAGAAUUUAUUAUUUUCUGGUGUAUAUGAUGUUGUUUUUUUUAAAUUUCCGCUCAUGAUAUAUUCUCAGAAAUGGAUGAUUUGGCGAAAGGUACUGUCAAACGAUCAUGUGUUCUAACCGAAGUUUGCAUUUAAUUGAGCCACGCCUUAUAAUACUUGAGAUAGUUUUCGAUGCUAUUAAUCUCUCGAAAACUCCUGAUCCUCUCUUAGACACCCUUUUAGUACUUCCACGACAGGGUUUUAAAAAUUAAUUUAUGUCUGAUUAUCUUAAGGUCAGAAUCUCGCUCGACAAACUUACAACCUUCCAGAUCCAACGACCCCCGUAAAGGACUGGGACAACGAGGAAGGAAACUUUGUAUACGGAAUUCAAAAUGGCUAUUGUAAGAAUCCACCUUGUGGGCAUUACAUUCAGGUAAAUAGCCAACGACAAGUUGAAUUUUUUUUUUGCUUUUAUCAAAGAAGGAUUGCUCGUUGAUUUUACUGUUACUACUGUCGUAAAGGUUUCCAUGAGAUGCUGUCGCUAUAUCUUUGACCACAUCUCAAUUUUGAGCAAAUAUUUCUAUUAACUAAUCCAACAAUUCUGAGAAAUAAGCCAGGGAAGUUUUUUAGUACAUAAUUCGGCCUCCAAGUUACCAUUGGAUUUCUGAAACGACGUCCGAACAAAUUAUACCAAAAAGUAUACCACAAAAUAAGCCUAUAUUUUUGUUUCUGUCCAAAUAAGGAAGAGGGCAAUCUUGGGUUCAAAUAGAGUUUUUCUGGUUUUUGUGGCAUUUCUUGAACAUUGUUUUGUUAAAUUACCAGCACCUUUUAAUUUGGAACAUGCAUCUUAAGGCAACCACGAAACAAGAUUAAGUUACAUUGCUUUGCUCGUAAUUCCUUAUUACUUUUACAGUGCUUUUACAAUGUUUGCUCUACACAAAUUCCCUUAGCUUAUUUUCCUGUUGAAUCGACCACAUUUGUCCCAAGUUGUUUAAAGUUUGCAUCUUUCAUAGUUUAUUUACCAUGUCAACUCAUUAAUACUCAGGCCCCUUAAAAUUUACCUGGUAAAAGCACAGAACACAGGCCAGUUAAACAAAUCUUAUUAACUGCCGGUCUUCAGCUGGGUAAUAGCAGCUAAUGUGACGUUACGCUCAGUUAGCGUUCGCCGUUAUUAAGUUUUAUGCAACCGGUUCCUAGAAUCAUUGUUUACUUUUCCUCCAGUUAGCUUGGGCGAAAACGAAGUACAUUGGCUGCGCCGUCAACUUGUGCCCUAAUUUUGGUAAUGGUCAAAACACUGGUGGGUCAUUUGUUGCUUGCGACUACGAUAGGUAAAUAAAAGUAUUUAUAUUUAUUUUCUGAUGAGAUUGGCAUUUAGUGCUCCAAGCAAAGCCAGAGGAUAACGCACUGGUGUAGAUAAAGUAUUUUUUAAACAGCAUCUUUCUUCUCUGAUCUUUUCUUUCGUACAGGAGUACGCUGUUGUGGAACUUUCAACAGCAGGUGUCAAAUUAUAUUUCACAAGCUAAGCCUUGAUUACUGUCCGGCAGUGCCUUUCUUGAGGAUCCAAGUACUGUCAGUCUUUUUUAAUGUUAUUGUAGGCAAAUUUCAUGUUAUCUGAUAAAUACCGGUUGAGUUGAGCAUACAGCUGUCUUUGAGUAGUCGUUUGUUUGUUUGUUCGUCCUUUGCUCCCACCUCCCCCCACUCCCACAAAUGCACAUCAUAGUCUUCCAGAGAGAUGUCACAAUAUCAGCAUUUUGUCGUAGACCAUAAAGCACCUUGUUUAUCCCCCCCCUCUCUAUAAAACAAAAGUUGCAUAACUAUUGUCUUUGAUUUCUCCUGGGACGUUUUGCAUAACCAUUGUCUUCGAUCUCUCCCGGGACGAGUGUAUUACACAGGAGAAACUGGAAACAAUGGUUAUGCAUAGUUUUAGCGGAGAAUACAAGGUGUAUUAUGGUCUAUGUGAAAAUAAUGAAUAUCAUCAUGAACAAGCCUUUUAAUCGGCUCCUGCAACAUGUCAAAUGCAAUUCCGUCCCACUGGAGUUUUUGUCUUAACUUUUGAUGCUUAUGCUGAACGCCAAGUGCUGAUCAUUCCCCAAUUGUAUUAGCUGUUUAGGCACUAGUGGCCUGAUCAUGCGUCAACUUGUUAGGCUUGUCUGAGGAUUCUUUUCUGUCUCUUCUGUGCGUCGCUUACAAAUAUCCUAAAGGUGGCCUAAAUUCAGGUUAUAAUAGGCUUAAAUACUCGGUGCAACAGAAAUUAUUGUUUUGGCAUUAGUCAUGUUUGUUUUCUCACCAUAUUUCACUCGUCCAUGGUUUAAAUGUAAUUCUCAUUCUACAUGUUCCUGUAAACAGAUUUCGUAAGACAUAAAACGGUAAAAACGAACGAUAAAAUCCGACGUUUCGGAGUAGUCAUGACCCCAUUAUCAAGGAAAAAUGUUUUUGAUCAUGCAAAUUACAGCAUUUAUAGCGAUUUGGCGCGGAAAUUAACAUAACAGGGUGCGAAGAUUAUGAAAAUACUUUCGCACGAAUAGAGUCUGAUUGCACGUUGAGAUUUGGCUUUAAGGUUCUUAUGAAAAGCAUUUCGUACACUAAACAGUCAAAUUUGUUCCUGCAUUUCUUAAGCACUUCGAAACGUUUCAGUGUGUAGUUUAUAACUUCCAAGGUGACCUGUGUGAUGCAGGCUUAUAUGUAGGUUACACACGCGGACAUUUACACAAUCGUGUCAAAGGAUAUAAACAACAGUCCUCCGCCAUUGCCAAACAUUACAAGAACGUGCACGGGGGCGAUCAGGACCUGCUGAAACGUUUCGAAGUGCUUAAGAAAUGUAGGAACAAAUUUGUCUGUUAAGUGUACGAAAAUUCUUGUCAUAAGAACCUUAAAGCCAAAUCUCAACGUGCUGUCAGACUCUAUUCGUGCGAAAGUAUUUUCAUAAUCUUCGCACCCUGUUAUGUUAAUUUUCGCGCCACAUCGCUUUAAAUGCUGUAAUUUGCAUGAUCAAAAACAUUUUUCCUUGAUAAUAGGGCCAUGACUACUCCGAAACGUCGGAUUUUAUCGUUCGUUUUUACCAUGUUAUGUACAUGUUCCUUAACUUCCUUACUUCAUGAUCUCAUACGUGAGCUUGCACUUUAUGUUUCGUUCUAGUCAUAGUUAUUAAAUUUGUGCCUCUCCUUCUAUGCGCAUAAGGGUCGUGAUGUCAGAUAAAAGCCACACACCUUACCAGACGGGCACACCAUGUACUAAAUGCGCUUCUGGUUCUGGAUUCUGCUACAACAAUCUAUGCAGUAAGUACAUGGCUUUAAGCAACGAAUAAUAACGAAUAUCAGUAUAAAAACAGUUGAAAUAAGACCGGAAGUAAGCUUCGAAACUUGGGCCUAGGCCAAACGUCCAAGUGUUCAUGAGACGAACCAAACAUAGGAAGAUAAGUUCAUGAAAAGUUCAACGUCUGGCUCAGUUAAAUUCGUGUGAAUGACUUCGGAUCGACCAACACGUUCUAUGCGUCUGCCUCGAGCGUAAAAAUGUUUGAAGAUCGUCUCCGGGAAAAACGUCGAUCUUCACAUUCGAUGGACUAAACUACUAAAUUACAAAUUUGUAUCAUAAUGUAUAUUUAGCCUUGCUCGGGAGAAAAUUUAUGAAAACUGCUUCUUGGUCUGAAUCAGUUGAUUGGUUCGACGCGUCCAAAGUUCGACGUGUGAGCCAACAGACAAUCUUAACUUAAUUUAGGUCGACCCAAAUUAUUUGGAGUUUGGUUCGUCUCAUGAAAAGUUCGAGUUUUUCCUAGGCCUUAAAGUUUACGAUACGAAUCAGACUCUAACCAAGGGAAAAUGACAGCUGAGGACUUAUAAGAAACGAAUUGAGACUGUUGUUCCAAAAUAUCUUGGGGAAUUAGACCACAGUUAUGUGAUUUAACUUUUGUAGGUUGAAUGUUAAACUGAAAGUUACGAUAAUGCCAACGUAAUUGCACAAACGUUUGUGCCCAUAAAAACAGAGACAGCUAGUGCUGUGCUGGUGUUUCCUUAAAAGGAAUACGAUUGGAUUCAAGAAUUUACAAAGGAAAUGUUACUUCUCCAGGAGAGUGUGCUGAUUUUGACAAGCAAUGUGGAGGGAUUUUUACAAUAGCCACGUGCAAAUCGCACCCCGAACUGAUGGAAAAGAAGUGUCCCAAAAUGUGCAACCUGUGCAGUAAGUUGUUCAAUGUGGACUCUCUCGUAAAUUCCUAAUAAGCCAUUAUUUGGCAGUGGCUAUUAUAGUACUUAUAAUGGAUACCAUUUAGUGGCAUAACGCGGAGCUCUUGGGGGGAAGUUUUGCCUUCACGGUAAAAAAAAAGGAAAAAAAGAGAACUUAAACGGAACUUUUUUUACAUGGGACAAAAACUAUUUAACUAAAAUAAACAUAAAAACCGUGCACAUUCCGAAAAAUUUUGAUUCAGAAAAUCCAGAUUAAAUCAAGACGAAUGAAUGCACUUUCCCUUUAACGAUUAUUUAUAACAUUUUUUCUUUAAUGUCCUUAUUUUACUUUACAUGACUGUCUUUCCAUUUUUUCUUUUCCUUUCUUUUUUUGUAUUCAAGAAUGUGAAAUGCAAUGUCAAAACGGCGGGACUGUCAAUAAGCAGAGCUGUACUUGCUCGUGCCCAGUACCUUGGACAGGCCCGGAUUGUUCAGGUACAGUGUUGCAAACUUCUAAUCAAUCUUGUAAUGCAAAACCAGCGCGACUGUGAGCCGAGCCGAGGUGCAAAUGUUUAGGUUAGUCGCAGUGGUUCUGUGGUUUCAAAAUAGUACUGAUAAUAAUAGCUGAUAAUAUACAGUGCGAUGCGACUUUUUGCAAAGAUGCUGACUAUCUUAUAAAGGGAAACUGUUCUUCUGAAAACGAGAUCGUGCGUUGACGUAGAUCCGCUGAUGCAAAAAGUCAUACAAAAAAGCAAACAACAUAUAUUGGUCUAUUAUGAAUUCCUACUUAUCGCCGCAAAAUGGUGCUGACUGAGCGACCGAUUUCAUUGAGCGUUACGGUCAACCGAAUUCAGCUCAGUUAAUCUUUCCAAGUGAAAAUAAUAAGUACUGGGCUUCAGCAAAGGUUCUUCUUGAGUUUAUAUUCCAUGAUUAUUUUGUUCAUUUUAACAUUUCAUGAAAACUUACCUGACGGAUCCCUAACCUAGCGUCAUAUCUCGCAUCCUUUAAUCGUAACAACAGAUUGUAAGAAACACAAUUGCAAUGCACUGUGAGAAGACGUUCACUCCUCCUCUGAUCUUAUAUAAGCAGUAAAAACUCAAGGAGGUUACACUAAACCUUUACUACAGUGCAUGGGUAUGGGCAGUAUAUGAAGAUUUGCGUGUCUUCUGGUUAGGACUUUUAAGUGUUUAAUAAUUGCAACUACAUGUAAUUAUAUUUAAGAAUUUUUACAAUUUAAUUCGGGUUAUUUAAGUUAGUGAAGUCUACCUAUUGUCAUUUAUUUUGUUAUUGUUUGUUUCCAAUGCAGUGGUUUGUAAAGACACCUGGACAGGGAAUCCUCCAUGUUCUGAUUUAAUCAAGUGGAAUAAGGCGAAAAAUGUUGAUGUAUGUAUGGAACAGUCCGUGAAGGAAACCUGUAUGGCCUCUUGUAUGAUUUGCGGUAAGGAAUUUCCAAGACCGUCUAUACAGCUUUUUAAACCAUACAUAAAAUAUAAACAAUAAUGAUUGCAUGCGUUCGUUUGCUGAAGGACAGCAUCGAAUGACUGUCAUUUUACGAGAUUUUAAAAAAGUACUUUGGGGCUGAAAUAGACCUUUUGAAUUUACGAUUUAAGGCUAAUUAUAUUACGUCCCAAUCGCAGCAAAAGCCUUUGUUCUGCCUCUUGCGGGAUCAGCAUGAGCAAAAAUUUCUUCCACACCACGCAAUACCUAUAGACUUAUCGGAAACUACCCUGAUUGCCUUAUUUAAAGGAAUUUCGGAAAUUUCUUUGAAAUUUAAAGAUGUUAUUGCCUAAUAAUAAUUCAUAGUUUGGUGCUGUCUUCUUCCCCUUCAGAUGACGGUAGCGGCAAAUACACCACUACAGUGGCUCCUGUAACUACUUCUACUCCCACUAAUGCACCGCAAACUACAGGCAAGUAUUCGCGGGUCAAUUGCUAUUCUCCAACCCCGCACUCAUUGCAUCAGUGCUAAUCAAAUCCCUCUUUCUUGCGAUCGGCUAAGGCUAUCCCAUGAUCUUUUCAAUCACGUUUUGAAAGUGAUUGAAACUGCUAUGAGGUAAUUAAAAAUUUGUAUUUAAGAAUCGCUUCGCUUUUUAAAGAUAACGUCCGAACAUUACGAUUUACAGUUUUACACUGAAUUUGGAAUCAUAAAAACUUCAUCUAAAAAUAUCUCCAUUACGCUGUCGUAGAUUUAAUUCGCUCAAAAUCUGAGAUCAUCCAGGCAGCUAUUGGAGUAAAAAGCUUCCGUGAACGAUUUUGGAAAAAAAAGUUCCAUGUGCCGAGAAUACAGCUGCAUAGGUAAUGGCGGCAUUUUGUUGCUAUGACAUUUAACCCUGAUCGUAACAAAUUUUCAUCUUCAUCUAAUACAACUGUUUACUAAUUUUUCUAAAUCUUUAUUUUCUGAACUGUGACGUAGCUAGUAUUCAAACAUGGGAGGUAUUGACCCUAAAAAAUCCCAUCGAGCCGCCUUAAAACCAUUUUGAAGAAGGCAGUCAUUGUUUCAUCUUUCAGUCAACCCUUGUUAAUCAUUAACCACUUUCUCUCAUAUAAACCUAUUAUACCUUUAUAUACGUCUGCAGUGGUUAGCCCAACAACUGCAGCUCCAAUCGGACCCUCACCAAAUACAAUGACGAAAGGGCCUGCUUCAAAAGGUGAGAGCUUGGGUAGUUAUUUAGCAAUAAAUUACGUCUUUCUGAAAAAGUUCGUUAGUUUUGUCGUAAAACGACAAACUGUGUCAGCUCUAAUUAUCUUUAGUUGCCACUAUUGUGUCUUGUAUGACCGGUUAUGACGCGGAAAAAAGUUGUCCUCGGAUGUACAAGCAAACAGAUACUCCCGCGCAGGAGCAAGGAAGAAGGGCAGCGUAGCUAAAAACGUGCUCUCCCUGGACUGUAAAACGGUCGUUUUUGAAAUCGUUUUUUACUUUUUAUGUUUUUUUAUCCGGGUUUUUCAAGGAGUUCAACAUAAAUCUCCUAAAGAGCACCACUUCGAAGCUUGAGCCCCUAAAGGGGCUGCCAUUGCUUGGUUUUUGGUAGGCUCGAUUUCCGCCGUCUCCCGGGUCCGGUCUUGGAUCCUCCCCGAAGAGAGACGGCUGGACGCGUGACCCGUUGACCUUGUCUAUGACGUAAUUGGAAAAUUGACAAUUUUAGCGUCACUGGAAGUGAAACCGGUCUCCAAUUUUCUUAUUUAUUUGGCUCAAAAUUGCAUCAAGCGUUCCCUUACCCUCCCAAAUGACUUUCGAAAUAGCUUUUUCGGUACAUUUCCAUACAUUGCGAAAAAGAUUCUUCGGUACAUUUCUGUACACGGCGACAUGUAGUUAAUUUUCUUUGAUCUUCGAAUGUUGGAUUUCGUCUUCUGUGGGUCCGAACUGACUGAUUCUAGGAGGCGGACCAAAUUAAAUUGAAAAGUGUCUGAUUUACCAGACAGAAUUUCCAGCGUAUUAAAUGUUCCUCUGUCAAAUAUAAACGUCGACAGUUACAUCUAUAACGAAUGCAGUCAUCGACACCUAAAGCGUCUUGAAAAGAUCCUUGAAGAGGCAAAAUCUCUCCAACCACAAUCAUUCACAACAAACAAUCGAACAAAACGUUGUGUUCCUUCGGACUCUAGGAUUUCGCCUAGUGUCUCCGCGCCGUCGAAAUCGCUUCGCCAUGCGAUGGAUCAAGGAAGAACAGGAAGGACUUUCUGUUUUGAUGUGAUAAUUUCUGCGACAAUCUUUGCCAGACGAAAAUCUGCAGGCGGUAACAUGAUUGGCUUAAACUAACAAAGGAAAUCGCACGCGUCCAGCCGCUCUUUCGGGGGAUGAGUGCUGGCUCAUUUUCCCGAACAGCGGCUGGUAAUCGAGCCUAGGUUUUUGGCUGAAAUUGAAAAGGGCUACAAUUCGACAAGUUUUUUUUUUUCAGCAACAAUUGAUAAGGUAAAUGUUUCUGGCUUUUAUUCAACAUACUUUAAAGAAGCUAAAAACCAUUUUGAAUAAUAAACCAAUAUUAGGCAGUGACUGCACCAGCUUUAAACUACAGUACAAACCCUCUUAUAAGAACCUACAUUUUUGUGAAAUCAGGUAAACAAGAUUUCUUAUGCUUUGCGUGGGUUAUAUAGUUGUUGGCAGUUUGGCCUUAGCAUGUUCUUAUAAUUAUCUCCUUAACUGAACGUUUCUGUUGAUUGGCAAAAAAAAAAAACUUGGGUUUUAUCCUUAAAUUUACAUUCAUUCACUUGAUCACAGAAUGUACUCUUAUUUCUACGGCAAGAGCUGGGUAUUAAAAAACAAAUUAAAUAAAUAAGUAAAGUUAAUAUUUAUUUCAGUAUUUUUUUUAAUGUAAUUUAUAUGAAGGCAUGUGUUCAAAACAAGGCCCAACGCUGCGUGAGCUCUGCUUUCAUUUCCGGUUUACUAUACUUUCCGAUGAGGAACAGAUUUAAAAUAUAAACAAACAACUGUAAAAAAGAAAAGAGAAUAUAUUCAAAGGAAGUACUUGCCCUCGUGAUCUAACCGAGUUGAUGACGAGGGAGAGAAGGAAGAAUUUCUAGGAUAAAUAAUAAAUAACCUUGAAAUAAUCUUAAUAUACUUACUUAACCCUGACACCGCCCCAUAAACCCAUUGGCUAGACUUGCAGUAACUGGUACAGCCUGACCUAGCGAGUUAUCAUGUGAGUACCAUGCCUUGACAUAAAUCAUAUUAUGUCUGCCAUAAUGUCUGGUUUUAAUCUGCAAAAUCGAAGUCAAACUCCUUGGUAAAAUUGUUUCUGAUACUCUAACUGUAACCCAGAUAUAAAAACCUGCUUGAUCUUUCUCAGCUUAACAGAUUCUUAUAUUCUUGGGCAUUGAAAUGACAAAUUUCUGCCAGCAGAUUCUUGCACCACUAGGUUCUUACACGUUGGCUUUUACUGUAUUCUUAAUCAUUAAACCACACAAACAUUUUUUUAUCCAUGAACGUCAGUGAUAAGCCCAACAACUGCGACCCCAGUGCCAAUGACAAAAGGACCCGCUUCACAAGGUUGGAACAUUACUACUUAUACAUAAAAUGUACUUAUGUAAUGUAUUCCUCAGAGCGAUAUUCCACCAAUCUAUAUGUUCCAUUAUGCUCUUUCACGACUCCCUGAUAAAUCAGCCAGUGAAAGCGGGACUCUUUAGUUUCGUCACAAAACGAAAAACUGUGGCACCUGUUACUGGCAAAGUUUUUAAAAGGGUUUUUCGUCUAAAAUAACUCUUUAUGAUGUGAAAAUUGUACCAGCCCAACCUCGAGUAGGACCCUGAAAAGAAGGUUGAAGCUGGCCUCAGACGCACAUGCAAGCUCAUAGUCCCAGGGGGAUGCAGUGGAUGAAGCAGCUGAAACCCAAAUAAUUAUUGCAACCCUCAAUUUUAUCAAAAUCUGGCCUCUUUGUUGUGUGUUUGUUUUCUUUCUAUUUGUUAGCCUGAGUAUCAGGCGUUUCUGGGGGAAAAGGGGAAAGAUGGAAGCGAAAAACGGAGAGAGCUGAAGGAGAGAAACGCCCUUCCUUUCUCUUCUCCCCCCCUCCCCCUCCCGCAUCUAAAAUCCCAUCUCCCCUAGCCCUUUAGGAAGGCGUGAUACUCAGGCUAUCUAUAUGUCUUCGUUCCCGAUAUUUUUAAUUCUUCGCUUAGCGUAACGCAGAUACAAAUACCGGCUGCUGGCUUUCAAAAGAAAUGCCAUUUGUAAAGCGAACCAAUAAACAUACACUGAGAGCCAAUCUCUUUCAUGUAUACACUUUGUUAGUUUGCAAAGCCGAUAAAAAUCCGAGCUGUGAGGCGUGGGCAGCACGUGGAGAGUGCGAAAAAAACCCGACUUGGAUGCUACCAAACUGCUGUGUCAGCUGUCAAUAUCAUCGGGCACCGAAAGGUAAAUGUGUAUUGUUAUUAAGUUAAAAGUAUCCACUUGACAACGACUAAGUUAAACUUUUUAUUAAUUAGUAUGCUUUUCUUCGCAUCUUUUCUAAAUCACAUCAAUGCUGUUCUAACCUUUAUCGUUGUUAAAUCGCAUUUGUUGCUCCAGAUCGCUUAAUUUCCGUUUUCCAUACAAAAUGAGCCCAUUUGAAAGCGUUUCCGCUCCCCCUUUUUUUGUCUUUUACAUACUGGCUCAAUGUAAAAAUUGGUUCUUGGUACGUCUAUUUGCAAGGGUGAUUAAAUCGACUUUCGCGAUUUCAAAACGGAUUAAAGUUGUUUGCAGCAAUUCUUAAGGCGCAGGUUUCGAUUAUAGAAUUGAAUCACCGAGAACCUUUUCCCUAUACAGCUUGCAAUGAUUCGAAUCCAGACUGUCCUCGCUGGGCCUACUUUGCUGAAUGUGAAAGAAACAAAGAUUGGAUGCUAGUCAAUUGUCGGAAAAGUUGCAAUCAAUGCGGAGGUAAAACCGAUGACAAGAAGUAUUUUGCCGUAAGCAUCUUAGCGAUAAAAUAUCCAUUCUGUAACUACUUCAAGGGUAGCUAGGUAGCUCUAGGUUGAGGAUACCUCCGCCUAGGGCAGGUCAUGAAAACUGAGUUUAACCCAUGUCAGUCAAAGUUCACCACCCCUGUUAUAAACGUAUUAUUUAUCAACAACAAUGUUAAGAAGGAAUAAUUGUAGAGGGCCAGUCGAAAAAAACAUUUAUCUACUUUCAUAAAUUCUAUUUAUCAACAGAUCGGAGAUUUUAAUUACUGAAUAACACUGUGCGGUCUUAGUGACACUUCCGUCUUUUUAAGCAGUAACCAGACGGCUUUGUUCGAUAUUUUGGCUUCUAAAACUCGCGGAUAAGAUGGGAGCGAAGAGUAAAAGAAGCUAGAGUUGCAACCAUAAGACAAACUCAAAAGUAAGCGCUGAGCUAUUCACCAUUUGAACCUUCUGAUUAUCACAACUUCAUAUUGAUUCAAAGUGGACAGACUGCAAAUUAUAGUACUUGCUCAAAAAUAUAUAUUAAGUUUGCCUUGUUGUUUUACGUCGUUUGUUUAGACUGUAAAGACACAGAUCCUAGCAGCUGUCCUUCGCGGGUCAAAGAACUCGGAGGGUGUGGUCCUCAAAAUAAGGCUGAGGCAAAUUUGAUAAACAGAGAAUGUAGAAAAAGCUGUGGACUUUGUAGAGGUGAGACUGAUAAUUGUCGCUUCAUGAGCCUCAUCAUUUGAAUUUUUGUAGUUGCGUUUAAUACAUUUCAAUAAUUCGCCGCUCACAUUCCCUAUAUUGUCAUCAUGAGUUCGUCGAACCCUCAAGGAGCCCUAUCAAGCAGGCAUUGGUAAGGACUACUGAAUAAGCGAGCAUACUAUGUAAAGCUUGAUUUUAAUUUUAAUUAGUGUAAAGUGGAAGACAAAAAUGGCCUUUAGUCAUCGUUUAUUUCAAAACAAUGAAUUCUUUGGAUAAAAGUCCUAUAUGCCUUUGUAUUUAUUGAUAUUUUAAAAUCAACCUUUCAAUGUUUUCCUUUACAGUUUAUGACAGACACGCAGCGUGCCCGGCUUGGGCAGUCACAGGGGAAUGUGACAAAUCCAACUCUAGCUGGAUGAUGGAUAACUGUCCUCAAAGCUGUAAUGUG